UUUAGAAACCAGUUUUGUACUUAACGAACUGGCAACAUCAUCAUCCUUUUCAUGCCACGUGUCCAGAUGAGUCCCACUAACACCGCAUGCUAUCACAAUAAUUCACCAAAACUUCCACACUUCCAAGUUCCAACCACUUCCGCCUCACACCACCACUCUCCCACGUCGUCGUCUCCAUCCUUCACGGCGUAACGACCCAACUUCCCAAAUCCCCAACCCCUGGAAUGGAUCAAAACCCCUAAAAUCCAUCAAAACCCAGUUUCUUGCGAAAUUCCCAAAAUAUCCCCAUCCAAAUUCAUGUCUCCCCGUCCUUCUUCUUCUCCACUCCGUUUCUUCUUUCUUCUUUUGUGGAUUCUAGGGUUUUCGAACUUCGGCAGCGCUCUCAAGGUUCCCUUCAGAGUCAAAGAUGUGCUCCCAGUUCUCCCUCACGGGAUAUCGUGGCCUGUUCUUAACAAUUUCCACAGUGCCGUCGAUUUGCUCCCUUCUUUCGUUGGAUCGGUGAGUCCCACCAACGGUUCUAUUCAGUGGAAAGGUGCUUGCUUUUUUGAUAAUGAAGCGAAACUGGAGUUCACCACAGGUGACAGGGAUGAUUCUGAUUUGGGGGGUGGCGUUCUCUAUCUCAAGACAGCAGCUGCACACAGCUGGACCUGUAUGGACCUCUAUGUUUUCGCGACACCAUACAGGAUAACAUGGGACUACUACUUCUCUGCUCGAGAACAUACCUUGAAGUUUGAUUCAUGGGAAGAGCCUGCAGAGUUGGAAUAUGUAAAGCAGCAUGGGGUUUCUGUGUUUCUCAUGCCAUCGGGGAUGCUGGGGACACUGCUUUCUUUAAUUGAUGUUUUGCCUCUAUUCUCUAACACUGCAUGGGGUCAAAAUGCCAACUUAGAGUUCCUAAGGAAACACAUGGGAGCUACAUUCGAGAAACGCGAUCAGCCUUGGCGUGCAACAAUUGAUCCUGCAGAUGUUCAUUCUGGAGACUUUUUAGCUGUAUCAAAGAUCCGUGGUAGGUGGGGAGGUUUUGAGACCUUAGAAAAGUGGGUAACUGGUGCUUUUGCCGGUCAUACUGCAGUUUGCUUGAAGGAUGAAAUGGGCAAUUUAUGGGUUGGUGAAUCAGGGCAUGAGAAUGAAAAGGGUGAAGAAAUUAUAGUGGUUAUUCCAUGGCUUGAAUGGUGGGAAUCAGCUCUCAAAGAUGAUUCUAACCCACAGAUAGCAUUGCUUCCACUUCAUCCAGAGCUGCGUGCCAAAUUCAACACCACUGCAGCAUGGGAGUAUGCUCGAAGCAUGUCUGGCAAGCCAUAUGGUUAUCAUAAUAUGAUAUUUAGUUGGAUUGACACAGUAGCUGACAACUAUCCGCCACCUCUUGAUGCUCACUUGGUAAUUUCUGUCAUGUCUAUGUGGACUAGAAUGCAGCCAGCUUAUGCUGCAAAUAUGUGGAAUGAAGCACUGAAUAAGCGGCUAGGGACUGAGGGCUUGGAUUUGCAUGACAUUCUACUCGAGACUGAGAAGCGUGGGAUAGCAUUUGAUCAAUUACUUACCAUUCCAGAACAAGAUGAAUGGGUGUACAGCGAUGGCAAGUCAACAACAUGUGUUGCCUUUAUUCUUUCGAUGUAUAAAGAGGCUGGGAUUUUCAGCCCCUUUUCUAGCUCCAUUCAAGUAACUGAAUUCACUAUUCGGGAUGCAUACAUGCUUAAGAUUUUCGAGGAUAACCAAACACGCCUUCCAAGAUGGUGCAACAAUGAGAAUGACAAGCUCCCAUUCUGCCAGAUUCUGGGUGAAUAUAGGAUGGAAUUACCUGGCUAUAACACAUUGGAACCGUAUUCCAAUAUGAAUGAGAAUUGUCCUUCACUUCCUCCAAUUUAUGAUAGACCCUCACAAUGUUAGCAUUGUAUAUACGACUUUAUUUUGGUGGGUGUGCCGUGUGGUGUGAUGUAGUGUGUGUUUGGAUUCACGUUGGGCAAAUUGGAGUUUGAAUGGAAGUGAUUUUGUAGAAUUGAUUUUGGAUAGAA